AGCCCAACUUCCACGAAAAGACCUAAGCGUCACGCGUUCGUUUACCGACUCCAUCACAGAAAGAUCUCGCUCGUCCCGAAACACGGUUUGCAGGGAGAGUUGGUGGAGGCUCUCGACGAUUCUUCACUCUCCGCUUUUGACUUUUUCAAUUCGCAUUUAUUCUUCCUGCUUCAACCAGCCCUAGAAAAGUCGAGCACUCUUCUUCUUUUUCUUCUUCUUCUCAUAACGAGUUCCUUGAUUUUCUUUCCUCGAGGAUUCGAAGCGUUUCGGGUUUCUAGGGGUUUUUCUUGUUCUUUUUUAAGGAGAGUACCUUUUUGCAAUUACGACGCCAUGUCCGCGACGUCAUGCUCCGGUGUUCUUCCCCGUACGAAGCUCUUCGGCUCGAAUAUCUGCAAAUCGAAUCAUAGAGUUCCAACGUUAUUUGUUGGCAGGUCGUGCUCUUAUACCAGAUCUCUCAAGUCUGUCUCGUGCCAUUUAUCCGAGGGAUUACGUGAUCAUAAUAAAUCUUCCUCUAAAGAAAUUGUCGUUUCAUGUUCUAGCUCAAGUGAUAAGGGAAGUAGCCUGGUUGGCAGAUCACAUCACUGUGGCCCAAUUGAUAAGAGAAAUACAGUGGGGCAAACAUUUUGCUCUGCAGGUGUGAGCACGUACAGUGGAGCUCAGGUAGAUUCUGAUUCACAUGCCAUUGAAGAGAAGAUUGGGGUGCUACUUCUGAAUCUAGGAGGACCAGAGACUCUUGAUGAUGUUCAACCAUUCUUGUUCAAUCUAUUUGCUGAUCCAGAUAUCAUUCGUCUCCCAAGGUUAUUUCAAUUUCUCCGGCAACCAUUGGCUAAGCUAAUAUCUGUGUUUCGGGCUCCCAAAAGCAAGGAAGGCUAUGCUGCUAUAGGAGGUGGCUCUCCCUUGCGUAAAAUAACUGAUGAGCAGGCACAUGCACUUAAGAGGGCAUUGGAAGCCAAGAACAUGCCUGUAAAUGUCUAUGUUGGAAUGCGGUAUUGGUACCCAUUCACCGAGGAAGCAAUUCAGCAAAUUAAAAAGGACAAAAUAACCAGGCUUGUUGUGCUGCCUCUGUAUCCCCAGUUCUCCAUAUCCACAACUGGGUCAAGCAUUGGUGUACUCCAGAGAAUAUUCAGAGAAGAUGCAUAUCUAUCAGAGUUGCCUGUUUCUAUCAUAAAUUCUUGGUAUCAACGAGAAGGUUACAUUAAGUCAAUGGCUGACUUGAUCGAGAAGGAGUUUAAGAGUUUUUUGAAGCCUGAGGAGGUUAUGAUACUCUUCAGUGCUCAUGGAGUACCAGUCAGCUAUGUUGAGGAUGCUGGAGAUCCAUACAAGGAUCAAAUGGAGGAGUGCAUCUACUUAAUCAUGCAGGAGUUGAAAGCCAGAGGAAUUAACAAUGAACAUACUCUUUGUUAUCAGAGCCGAGUUGGCCCUAUUCAAUGGCUGAAGCCCUACACCGAUGAAGUUCUAGUUGAGCUUGGCCAGAAAGGUGUGAAGAGUCUCCUAGCUGUUCCAGUGAGCUUUGUGAGUGAACACAUAGAGACUCUUGAAGAGAUUGAUAUGGAGUACAAGCACUUGGCGCUUGAAUCUGGGAUUGAGAAUUGGGGCCGCGUCCCUGCCCUUGGAUGCACCUCUACUUUCAUCAUGGAUCUUGCAGAUGCUGUAAUAGAAGCUCUACCAUCAGCAACAGCCAUCUCAACCUCAAGGAGCGCCUCCAAAGCAGUUGAUCAUGACCCAAUGCAAUAUAUUAUCAAAAUGUUCUUUGGUUCCAUCUUGGCAGUUUUCUUGUUGCUGUCUCCAAAAAUGGUACAGGCAUUUAGGAAUCAUCUCUUUUGAAGUAAGAUCAAAAGCCUCAUUACCUUUAUAUUUUGAAGAUGCUGCACUUAAAAGAGAGUAAGGUUGAAACAAGGUAACAGAAUUUGUAUGGAUUAUGGAGACAUUCUCUCUCUCUCUUUUUUGCUUUUUGAACAAAUCUAUACGAAGAAGACACAAUUUUUUGAACUGAAAAUUUUGUAAGGAAGCAAUAGUUAUGAUCAGUGAUUCUUAUUCGUGGAAAGGAUGGAUUUAUCCCA